AUGGCAUCUGCCACGAGCUCGCAUGCCAGCCCAGAUCCCUUUGAUCUGGGUGUCCAUACCCCGCCCAACCUCGCGCGAUUAGCCCGUGCAUCUCAGCUUCGACACAGUUCCCCCAUUGCGAGCCGUCCCAUUGGUCUCACAUCCGCGUUUCGGCGACCGGCGGCGACGCCGUCCUCGCCCUUAUCAGACUCUCCAAUGCCGCCGCUACGGAAGGAGCGCAGCCCGGUCUCGAUCGUUGAAGCUGCCAACAAGCUCGCAGUUGAACAAACAAAUGCCUACAACGCCAAAAUGACAGUCUUUGCGGAACAAUUUUCCAACAGCUUCCUCGACUUUUGGAAGCAGGCGCUCUCCGACCUCAAUUCCGCACCCGCCCCGACCUACAGCAGCGUCGCCGCCGGUCGCCCUGCAAGCCAGCCCCUCGGGGGCCACACUCCCACGGCCGCCGCAGCCCCGCAACAGCAACGACCACAACAACCAAUCUCCCGUCUCCAGGGACGACCAAUCCCCGCCCCACCAAAAGAAGACCUCCGUGUUUUCGUGCGGCUCGAUGCCGAAGCGCCGGCGCGAGACCACAGCAGCUACGCAAUUCGGACCCACAUCGCCGCCAAAGUCGGCAUCGACUUGCACCGGGUCCCGGCAGCUUUCAAGGUAAACUCCGGAUGGGCCAUCCGAACAACGGACGCUACCAUCAGGGACCUCAUCGUCCAGCGACAGUCGGAAUGGUCCGAGGACCUAGACGCGACCUCGGUGGAGAUUAGUCACAAAUGGUACACAUUUCUCGAAAUGCCCUGCACGCCCCAAGCGAUCACACGGCGUCAUUCGCCGCCUGACGAAGGAGGAGAAACCCUCGUCCGACAGAUGGGCACCCAACUAUUUGCUCAGCGGAAGCAACAGUUCGAGCGCAUAGACCAACCCGAACAGCUAGAACGAGACUCCUCCGAGAUUCUCAAUUCCAUAGCUCCGAGCACUGCUCAGCCCGACGACCAGGAAGCCGAGCACCCAGAUGACAGGUCACGGGGCAGGAGCGAAACCUCAGUCCUAAGCUCGACCAGGACCAUGUCUCCGCCAUUCAUUAUGGUAACCACGACACCUCAGCCUCAGAGCGAGGGCAACGAAUCUAGACCAGCUUCCCUUCAAAGAAGCGACGCAUCAGCCCCAUUGCACUAUCUCCAUGACGAGACAUCCCGCGUGAACCAAAGCGACAAGAAGACCCUGCGAGUCUUCCAAGCUAACGUAGGCAAGAUCUCGCCAGCACAUGACUGCGCCCUUGCCCUCGCCGACUCUGAACGAUACGACAUAGUGCUCCUCCAGGAGCCGUGGACGGAAGCCAAGGACGGCCGAUGUCUUACAAAACCCACCCAGCCUACGAUACCUUCUCCCCAGUCGACAGCUGGGACGACAACAGCACCCGACCUCGAGUAA